AUGAAAAAACCUCCUUCUCUGGGAUCAAAACUACUUUGCGAUGACAAAGCUAAACGCACCAAGAAAGUCAGAAUUGUUGGUAAAUAUGAGACUCAUUAUAGUGCCUCCCUCAAGAAAAUGGUGAAGAAAAUUGAAAUCAGCCAGCAGGUUAAGUACACUUGCUCUUUCUAUAGCAAAACCAAGAUAAGAUGAGCUGUGGGGAUGUGGCACUGUUCUUGCAUGAAAAUAAUAGCUGGUGGUACCUGGACCUGCAUGAUCACUUCUGCCACCACAGUAAAGUCUGCCAUCAGAAGACUGAAGGAACUAAAAAUCAGUAGAAGCUUUGUUAUUUGAAAUAUAGCUAGCCUUUAAUAAAUGAGUUAAUUUAUAUAACAUACAGAUAAACAACAAAACCCAAAAACCUCUUAAAGAAGAUAAAAUCAUCCCAGAUCUUAAAUUAUUCCUUUUUUUUUAGGUUUUUCAAGUACAAACAUAAUGAAGUACAAGGAUAACCAAGACAACAUUAACUAGAAGCAAUAUGAACUACAGAUCCACAAAAAGAAUCACAGUAGGCUGUACACACUGGAAUUAUCAGACACAAAGGGUAAUCCACAGAAAUAAAAUUCUCACUUUAAAAAUGCAGCAAGGUCUGUCCGGAUGGCUCAGCUGGUUGGAGAUUACCCCGUAUACCAAAAGGUUGUGGGUUCGAUCCCCAGUCAGGGCACGUACCUAGGUUACAUGUUUGAUUCCCGGUUGGGGCACAUAUGG